AUGAAUAAGAUGAACGAUAAACAUCGAUAUCAUUCAUAUUAUGGAAGUAAAAAUUGUCAUGAUAGACGAUAUGAUGAUAAUGAUGAUUAUAAUCGACGAUAUAGACAUCAGUAUCAAUAUUCAUCAUCUCAUCGUGAUGAUCGAUCAUAUAAUAAAAAUCAAAUGAAUUUUUCAAAUCAACAAUAUCAAUAUCAACCAUCAAAUUCAAAUACUUAUUCAUAUUAUUCUGAUUCAGUACCAAUGCCAUUGAUGAGUACAAAAACAAUGAAUCCAUCAACAUUAGUUACUGCUAUACCACAUGAACGUGAAUCAUGGAUACGUUCAGUAAAAAAAACAAAAACAAAUGAAAGUACUGAACAAAAAACACAAUAUUUAGAAACAAUGCUUCGUAUGCCACAACAACAAAAAUCUUCAAUAAAUUCAUCAACAUUCGAUCGAAUGCGUUUUGCUAAUGAUCAGAUAUCAACGAUAAUAAAUACGACAGAAAAUAGUAAUAAUCAUUUUAAUGGAAGUUCAUUUCAUUUAAUUGCUGAUACUAAUAAUUAUGAUGAUAUUAGUGCAAUAGAACGAAUUUUAUUUGAUAAUUCUCUAACAACAACAACAUCAAAUGAUAAAUGUUCGAAUCUACAAUUACUGCCAACACCUCCACCAUCGAUCGUCGAUUGUGAACCAAUUUUGCAAACCAAUUCAAACAGCUUACCUCACUCAGGUUUUCUUAUUGAUAAUUGUGAUGAAGUCGAAGAAUUAUUACCAUUUUCUUCUCCAUUUCGUCUUCCUCUUGUGCCUCCUGCAUCAGCUGAAAAACCAACACAACUAAAUCAAAACGAUCUCAAUGAACAAUGUGCUAUGUUAGUCAAUGAACUAGAUGCUACUGAUGCUGAACAAAGAAAAGAACUAAAACGUCAAAAACGAUUACAUAAACGAUUUGAAAAGAAACAAAAACAAUCAAAUACUAAAAUUGACGAAAAACAAAUCAUCGAAUCUGAAUCAAUCUCAAAUGUUUAUAAUGAUAAUCAUCAAGAAUUACCAUCGGAUUGGGUUUUUGAAUGUGAUACAACAGGAAUUAAUCAAAUUUCGCUAUUAACAGAUAUAGUAAGAAGAGUAUCAACAACUAUGACCGAUGACGAUAAAAUAGCUAAAGUUAAUAUAAUUUUAAAAAAAAUAAAACAACAACAAAAACAAUUAAGAAAAUUAAGACAAUAUGUUAUAUCAAUGUUAGAUGAAGAACAAAGACAAAGUUCAACAAAUAUAAGACAACGACAUUCAAAUAUGAAUCAAGAUUUGCUCAUGACAUUUCUUAAUCAACCAAUUUUAUCUGGCUGCUGGUUAUGCUCAGGGAAGAAAUAUACUGAAGUAGCUACACAAUGCAAUAACUUUUGA